UUUUACAUUUUCGUCAACACUGUGCCCUUUCCAGCUCGUCGUUGGUCUGUUCCCAAAAGUCUGUAAGAAAUAACACCGCGAGCGGCGGUUUACUGGUCUGCUUUAGCUCGUUUGCUAAUGCCUUAAUUGCGCUGUCGUCUCUGUCUUUCAAGCACCUAGUUUAGCUAGUGCUCGUUAUAGUUAUUAGGUAGCUAGUUGUCAUGUUAUGCGUACAUUACGUGACACGAUGUUACCCUGCCUGUUUCAUAUAAGUAGACCUCCCUCCGGUUUUGAAAGCGAGUGAACAGGACACCAUGAGCAAACACGAGGACUCAUGGGAUAGGAUGGACACUGAGUUUGACCGUUUUCUACUGGACAUGAAGCCGUAUGUCCUGAAACACCCCAACAAGACAGAGCGCCAGCGAUGUGCCAUAUGGAUAAAGAAGCUGUGUGACCCAGCCACAUGUGGUUCAGGUCUGAUAGGCCGUAAAAACCGCAACAUGUAUGCCCGUUUGCUCCUUCACAUGCUCAAAAGAGGGGUCCUGGAGUUGCCUUUCACCAGCAAACCAGAGCCGGGCAACCUCAAGACACUCCCUGCCUACAUGUCCAUCUACUUUGAUGAGCCACUGACUGGUCGGUCAGUGGAGCACAGCAAUGCAGGUCUGCCUGACUGGGUGAUGGGAGAGCUGGGUGGCUAUACUGAUGAUAGUUUGGCUUUCGGUCUGCUUAAGGAGAGAACCAGUUCCUCGCCCAUUGCAGCACAUCGCAGGAGAAGGCUAUACGAGGAAAAGAUCCCAUCACGACCCAUGUCCUCCAGUCCACUCAAGCAGUCACCCAGACAUGAUGCCAGGAUGGUGGAUGGGGGGUUGAAGGCAAAUAUGUCUCCCGAUGACAGUGACCUGGAGGCCCGUCUCAACAGCUGGAACCUGGGGAUUGAAAACCCCAGGUAUUUGCGAGAGAAGCCCAUUCCCUUGUCUCCGAUUUUCAAGUCAGGCUUCGGGAGGAACAGCACCUUGGCUGAUGAUCAGGGCCCACAGCUUGUACAAAGCAAGGAGACUGAGAUGAAGAUCAAGGUUCUGGAGGCCAAGCACCAGGAAGAGAAACUGAAGAUGCAGCAGAGACAUGAUGCAGAUAUUGAGAAAAUUCUGGACCGAAAGAAUGGUGAGAUUGAAGAGAUGAAGAGUGCGUACCGGGCCAAGCAGAAGGAAUCGGAGGAGAUGAUCCGUAAACUGGAGAAGAAAGUUCAAAGUGUGCUGCGGGAAUCCCAGGUCAUCUGCGAGAGCAAAGAGAAGCAAAUUGCUGAGCUGAAGAAGAUGUCGGAUCAGAGCGCCGACUCCCUGAAAAACGAGUGGGAGAAGAAGCUGCAUGCUGCUGUGACAGAGAUGGAGCAGGAGAAGUUUGAAUUGCAGAAGAAACACACUGAGAACAUCCAGGAGCUGCUGGAGGACACCAACCUCAGGCUGGCUAAGAUGGAGGCUGAGUAUAAUGCUCGGUCACAGGCAACUGAGCAAACAGUGCGUGAGCUGGAGCUGCGGGUGAAACAGCAGUCAAUGGACGUGGAGAAGGGCAACGUGCUGCGUCAGAAGGUGACACAGGAGAAGGCCCAGUUGGAGAUCCACAUUGCAUCGAUCAGCGCCGAACUACAGGAGGCCAACAGACGAAGUAUGAUUCUGCAGAGGGAGAAGGAGCAGCAGAGUGAGCAGCACGAGCAGACUGUGCAGAAGCUGCAAGGCAAACAUGAGACUGACCUGAGCCACUUACAUCAGGAGCAUGCUCUGUCUGCUGCUAAGGCCUCUGAAGUGAUGGAGGACUUAGAGAAAACUGUAGCUCAACUCAAACAGCAGCUCCUGGACAGUGAACAUCGAAGACACCAACAAGUCAUGGAUCAAGGGAUAAAGUUUCAGCAGGAAAAAGAUGAACUGCAGAUCAACUGUGAGAAAAAGGUUUUAGCAAUCCACAGUGAGGCAGAGAAAGAGAGAACAGAGGCCAAGAGGAAGAUAGCCAAACUAGAAGAUGCACUCAGGGAGAUGGAGAGCCAGCUUGACAGAGCCAGGGAGAGCCAAAGGCAGCAGAUCCAGCAGGCAGAUAUGGCACUGGAGCAGUUCAAGAAACAGGUGGAGCUCAGCUCUGAGAAGACCUAUGCUGACAUGAAACUCCAGAUGGAGAAGGUAGAGGAGGACCUGAUCCACUCCAAGACCCUCAGGGAGAACCAGGCCAAAGAGUUCUCCCAGCAACUUGAUGCACUCAGACAGAAAUAUGAGCAACAGAUGGCUGAGCAGCGCAUGCAACACGAGCAGGAGAGGACGCGGCUACAGCAGCAGCACAGCGCCGAAAAGGACAGCCUGGUCCAGGAGCGCCAGCGGGAGGUGAGCAGCCUGGAGAGGCAGGCCAGGGCCGCCCUGCAACAGCACCAACAGCACACCCAGGAGUGGAGGAAGCGCGAUGCCCAGACAAUUUCAGAUUUGGAAGCUGAGUUGUCGAGUUUGCAUGAAGAACUUCAGGGUGCCCACUCACAGCAUAAGCAACAGUUGGCUGAGAUGGCAUUACUCCGGGAGGAGGAAAAACAAAGGGCAUUCCUGGACAAAGAGGCGUCCUUAGACCAACUCCGCUCAGACAUGGAGCGCAUCCGCAGCAACCUUGAGAGAAGCCACCAGCAGGAGAAGGAAGCUGCUCAAGAGAAGACCAACAGCAGGUUGAAGCAGAUUGAGAAGGAGUACAGUCAGAAGCUUGCAAAGUCUGCCCAGUUAAUUGCGGAGCUACAGACUUUUGUAUGUGACUCAAAGGAGGAGGCUGUUCAUCUGCAGCAGGCAAUGGAGAAGCAGCUGGAGGAGACCAAUGCUCGAUGGGAUGAGGAGAGGAGGACAUUAACUCACCACGCUGAUCAUGCCAACAAGGUUCUGCAGGAAAAGGUGGAAAGUCUACAGAGGCAGCUGCACUGCUCAGAGAAGAAGCUGCUUAGCAGAGAGCUGGAGACUGAUGAGAAGGUGACUGUGGUGCGUCAGGAGUACGAGGAGAAGAUCAAGGGUUUGAUGCCAGCAGUGCUCAGACAGGAACUGGAGGACACCAUCACCUCUCUAAAAGCUCAGGUUAACUUCCUUCAGAAGAGAGCCUCUUUGCUACAGGAAGACCUGGAUGCCUGUCGCAGCAGGAGGUAACCAUGGGAGAACCACAGCCUGAGCCUACGACGGGAUAUGAAGGAUAAGACGUCCAAUCAGAUGUGAGCGUUAUUGUCGUGUUUUACACACCUGUCAUGCCACUGGACCAGUCAUCUUUUAGUUUGAUGUGCUGUUGUCUCUCAUGGUUUUAUUAACACAUGAAUUAUUUAUUCAUUGUCAGAUUUUAACUUUAGUCUUAACUUGUUGGAAAAAAUACAUAUAUUUAUGUUCACAACUGGUUACAUUUUUCAGUUUUAUAUUUUUUGAUAUCAUUAACUUGAUAUUAUUGUUACUGAUAUUUGAUAGACAUUUGAUAUCAAUUGUCAUAUCCUUACCAAAAUCCAUCAUUUUUAAUAAAAUACUUUUCAUCAC